UAGUGUGCUGGACCGUGCAGGCAGCCUUGUAGUACAUGGCAUUGCGGAGUACUCGAUGUCCUUGUAUUAUUUUUUAUGCAGGCUGAGUUAAUAUGUCUAUAAAGUAAAGAGAUGCGUGACGUGUUGUUGGAAGAGGAGCAGGUCAAGUCCAGGCGUGUCAGUAGCGCGGGCUCAACAGUACACGCACUUUAAACUUUCCACCAGCAACUAGUUUGUUGUUUUCACUUCUAUAUAAUCGUCUUGUUUUACGGCCGGCCGUCAUGUUGCGCUGACGAGCUACUGUCAGUUUCGAUAGCUGAGACAGAGCAUGUGAACUAAGCUGUCCGGACAUGGAGGAACCUGAAGCACAGUCAGAGAGCAGAAACACAGAGGGCUGUUUUGACAGGACCUUCUCGGCUCUAACUGUGGACGACGUGUAUGAAAUAGCCAAGCUGAUCGGCGCCGAGGUGGAGAAACUGAUCGACGGCUGUGGCAAGGACAGCGUCGUGGGUCUGGUGCCGAAAAUAGUGAAAGUGCUGGAGCUGCUGGAGAGCUUCGCGUCGAGGAACCAUGCUCACAAACUGAAGGAAGAGGAACUCCUCAAGACCUUCGAGACGAUACAGCUGCAACAGCAGAAGAAACGCACGGGGAAAGAAAGCGAGGAGGGCAACGAUAAAAAUGAAAUACGGCAGGAGCUGCAGCAGAAGGAGGAGCAGUGGAGAAGGAGGUGUGAGGAGCUGCAGGUCCAGGUGCAACAGCUGCUGGAGGACAGGGAGGAGCUGCAGAGCAGGCUAAAGGGCAGCCAUGCACAGGAAGACCGUGUCCAGCAGCAGGAGCGAGAGGUGAUGCUGAAGCUGAAGCAGGUGGUGGACAAGCAGAGAGAUGAGCUGCGGGCCAAAGUCCAGGAGAUAACCGCCAUCUCCAAAGAGGUGGAGGCGCUCCAGGAGCAGUUGGAGCGCUUCAUGAAGAUGAAUGCGGAGUUGCGACACAAGCAGAAUGUGAUGCAGGCCCAGCUGAGGACCACUGUGGAGAGGAAGGCUGACAUGGAGGCCGACCUGAAAGAGAAGAACAAAGAGAUAGAAAACCUCCAAGCACAGCUGGACAGAACCAACAGCAACAGCCCUUCCAAUCCAAGUCAAACAGCUCGUGAGGCAAAGGAAAAGCCGACGGUUGACCAUAAGGAUCCCGAUCAGCCGUGCUUCACCAAGAAGGAGGUGCGAGACAUCAUUUUCGAGAGGAACGAGCUCAAAACAAACCUCUUCCUGGUGCAGGAGGAGCUCAGCUACUAUCAGAGGGAGAUCCUGAAUGAAGAGAGGUGUCCAGGUUUCCUGUUAGAAGCUGUCCGCUCUGCCAUCAAAAAAAGGAGAACACUCAUUAAGGCAAAGAUGCUGGGAAUUCCUGUGAGCGAAUGCAGCAGCAGUGACGAGGAAGAGAGGAGUUCUUUGUUUGGGCAGACAGAAGUAGAUGGUACAGAAGUUGACGGCAGUGGAAAACCGACUGAGUCACGCAUUCGAAACCUCUUCGGCUUCCUGACUCGGUCGGGCAGCAGCCGGAGCCCCACCCACAUGAGCAACUCAGCCUCCAGCUGGGAAAUCAUUGGCGACUCAGAAGCCACGGAUGAGACGGAGCAGCAACCGUGCCCUUGAGCCUGGUACUGACCACAGAGAUUUCCCCAAGAUUGUCUCCCAUGUGAUCUGAAACAGACAUUCUUCACCUCUGUCACAACAGAAAAUCUGGUUGGACAUUUGAAUGCAGCCCCAGUGUGUAUAACACAAAAGCACUAUGUGAGUGUGAGGAAAGAGAAAGUGUCCACCUUUUUAAACAAACUCUUCAGCUUUCUCUUUUGCUUUUUAUUUUGAUCAUAAUUACUUUCACUUUCCUUUUUGUUUCUUUCACUCUUGCCCCAAAUCCCCUGACUUUUUCAUAGAAGUGAUAAAUAGGAGGAAAACUAUUUAACUACAAAACAUGUGGUACACAGCGUACUGCAGUAUUAAGAGGGAUACUUUCUUCAAAAUAAAUAUAAAAAGAUGCUUCCUUAUUUAUGAUAUAUGCCAAUAGAUCCUCAAACAAUUUAACACCAAAGACAUUACAAAGGUAUAUAUUAUGAAAUCAAACUCUCCACUUGUAAUAUGGAGAACAGUAUAUUAAGGUAUUAAGAGGGUGUUUUAUUACUAUAUAUUUUACCACAACUGUAUCAUGAAACCUUUACCUCAGUGGGGGAAUUUUGAAGACAUGUAUUUUAAUUGUUUAAAGUGUUUACUCGUGUAUUUUUCAUGAUUUUAAGCACUUGUAUGCUCAAAAGGAAAAAAAGAAAGUUGUAGUCAUAAUACCAGCCUGUUCCAGCAGUGAGUGCAUUUUAACCCCUUAAGCCUUAACUUGCUGCUUGUAUUGUUUUGAGUCAUUGCACAGAGCCAAAGCCUUUGGCUGGUGUUUCUUUGAGGGUGGUGCCAUAAAUGUGCAUGUGUACGUGUGUGUGGAACAGACUUCUGCCUGUUGGUUACUUCACAUUAAAAGGAAGCAAUGAGCUUCCUUGUGGAAAUGAGAAAUACCGUGUUUAUAUUUAUUUUUUUUAGUUCCCACAUUAGCUGACGAGUUGCCACAAAGUAACCACACUCACUCUGUCUGACCCCUCUGUUCCCUGUAAAUGUCUGACGGUAGCACUCACACUCAGACAAUGACACAUUGGUGUUGUAUUUGUUGAGAGACAAUGUAUGACCUUCCAAUCAGAUCACGUUUUCCUGAAAUAGUGUUCGCAAUUUAUUUUUGUAAGAAUGUUUUUAAUGGAACGUUUUCACAGACGAAAGCAGAUCUAAGAUGUCAUUUAGGAUGUGAGGGAAUUUUAUUGAUGAAAUGUGAUAAAACAAAUCAUAAUGUGGAGUUUCUCUGUGAUAGCGAGGUCUUAAGAUCCAAUCAAAUCCAUUAAACACAUUGGAUUGAACAUCAAA